AUGGAGAAAUUUAUAAGUGUUAAAGAUUUGGAAGACGCAGCGUUAGCGGUGCUGCCUAGAAAUGCCCGUGACUACUACAAGAGUGGCGCGACCGAUGAAUAUACAUUGGCAGAUAACAAGCGGGCGUUUCAAAGAUUAAGAAUUCGCCCAAAAUGCCUAGUUGGAUUGAGAGAUUGCGACCUCACGACGACUAUUCUAGGAGAAAAAGUGUCGAUGCCUUUAGGUAUAUCACCUACAGCAAUGCAAAGAAUGGCUCAUCCUGAUGGUGAAACAGCUAAUGUAAAAGCCGCAGAAUCUAAUGGCGUGAUCUACACAUUAAGUACAAUUAGUACUAGUUCUAUAGAGGAAGUUGCUAAAGCUGCCCCGAACGCUAUUAAAUGGUUUCAGCUAUACAUCUACAAUGAUCGGGAAGUGACUCGUCAGCUUGUUUUGAGAGCUGAAAAGGCCGGAUAUAAAGCCAUAGUGUUAACAGUGGAUACGCCAGUUUUUGGAUUAAGGCGAGCUGAUGUUAGAAAUAAAUUUGCUCUUCCUAAACAUUUAAAGUUAGCUAAUUUUGAAGGUAUUUUGUCUACAAAAAUACACAGUACGGGAGAAGGCAGUGGAUUAAACAACUAUGUCAGUUUGUUUGACAAAACUUUAACGUGGGAUGAAGUGAAAUGGCUCAAGAGCAUAACCAAGUUGCCUAUAGUAGCUAAAGGCAUUUUACGUGGUGACGACGCAGUCAGAGCCGUAGAAGCCGGUUGCAAGGCGGUCCUGGUGUCCAACCAUGGUGCAAGACAGUUAGACGGCGUACCAUCAACGAUAGAUGCUCUGCCUGAAAUAAUUGAAGCUGUCAAAAAUUACGAUGUGGAAGUUUAUUUGGAUGGAGGAGUCACCACCGGUACUGAUGUUUACAAAGCUUUAGCAUUAGGAGCGAAAAUGGUAUUUGUCGGCCGCCCUGCACUAUGGGGUCUGGCAGUCGGUGGCCAGGCAGGAGUUGAAAAAAUGCUAAGUAUUUUCCGCAAUGAAUUGGAAUAUACGUUCCAAAUUGCAGGUACGGCCACUGUAGCUGACAUAACAAGGGAUAUGGUACGCCAUGAGACAGCUUAUAGUAGACUU